AUGGCACCUCGUCGGCAUCGUUCGACCUCGAACGCGUACGCAGAUGACACUCAACGGGCACCAUCGCCCGCUACACAACUACAGGCCCAGCGUCAGCUAGGCCUCACUCCUGCGAUCUACGAGAACAACCUCAAAGUUCUCCGACGUCGCGAGCCUUCCAUUGUGUCGAUAUUUGACCAAUUCAGUCAUGUCUGCGUGUACCACUAUCAUGCGAACAAGUGGGAGAAACAAGGUUACGAGGGAAGCAUGUUUCUCUUCGAAAAACAGACCUACCCACCCUACGGGUUCUUCAUUCUAAACCGCGUGGGCACGGACGAUUACAUUCGCCCCAUAUAUCCUGAGGACGAUGUGGGAAUUGUCGGCGACUACCUCGCGUUCCGCUAUUACCCCAAGUUCACCCAGGUGCGGCUUGCGAUGAACUUGCCGUACCCCGUCCCACCGGAGCACCGCGCGACGCUAGAUGCUGUGCUGCUCAACCAGCUGACCCCGGAGGAAGUGGCUGUCUCCCGCGAGGAGAGUGCGUCGACAACCAAAAAGGAGUGGAAGGGGACAUCUGUGACGAUCGGAUUGUGGAUGUUCGCUACUGACGCGAGGGAGCCUCUCAAAGAUGUCAUGAUGCGACUGCACUCUUACAUCAAGGCAGGGAAGGUCUACCCCGAAGAGUUCAGGUAUGGUCCGGGCCGCCCGCCGCCUCCGAACCCCCACCUUCGCACAGCGAGUCGCGCGUCCGUGUCCAGUCAGAGCGCCGAUGGGCAGGCCAACGGUGGUGUGGCAUCUAGUAGCAUUCCCAACGGACCUGGUUCGGAGCUCGACAAGUUGUUCGCCAAGCUCUUACCUAGUGCGUCGUCGACGCCGGCGCCUGAGGCACCAGUGCAGUCGACGUUGAAAAAAAUGUCUGUGCAAGACCUAUUCUCUGCAUUGGGAGGCCCCCAACUGUCGCAACCUACACCUCCACCCGAGCCAGCCCCAUCCGCCCCUACGCCCAACCGGGGCCUCGCAUUGCUUGACUCCAUCUUCGCCUCUGCGACACCCGGGCAGCCCUCCACGCAGUCGAUGCCUGGAUCCAGCCACACUCCCCAGGCGCUCCCGAUGGCCCACCCGAGCUCUCUGCCACCCCAUCCCGAGGACAUCCAGAUUGUCUCGCCGAAGCCGACGUCGAGUACACUCCCGCAGAUCCUCAACCAGGACGUCAUUUCAUCCCUGCUCGGCCUCGACUCAAGCUCGCGCGCGUCGUCCGCGGCACCGAGCUCGGCGGGAUCGCGACGCUCGCGCUCGAACCGGUACGAGGGCGACACGGAGUACAGCGAGGGAGAGAUAGCGUCGGUGUCAGACUACUCCGCGACGAGCACGGCGCUCGACGUGGAUGCGGACCCGGCCAUCCUAGCUGCGGGCUCGUCGUCGGGCAUGCCUCUGUUCGCUAUCCAGCACUCUGAAACAACGACGACAACGACGACCUCCCUUAGCGUCCAGGGAGACGUCACGCCCCGACAGACGGUGCGAGGCAUCGGCCCUUUCUCACCUCCACUGCAACCGCAGAGGUCUGCAUCCCGCGCGAGUACCCAACACCUCGCACCUUCGUCAGUUGGGCCCGGCCGGCCGGUCACAGCUAACGGGCAUACCAACGGGCUCACGCAGUCGGACUCAUCGUCGACCGUCACUGCCGGCCCACAGCAACGCGAGCUCGUGCCAUUCGAGGCCGACUCGGAGCUCUGGCCGUACCCCCGUGCUCCACUUGACGAUCGCUCGCAGGAGGACAUCGUCGAGCUUGACUUCACGGACACGCGCGCGCUGAGCGAUCCCGCGAUGUUCUCGAGCCGGCUGAAGGAGAAGCAGAGCCAGGGCGGAGGGAAGAAGAAAAAGACGCGGCAGGAACGCGCAGCGGAACGGGAGAAGAAGCGCGAGGAGAUCGAGCGUGGGUGGGACGACCCUGUCAAGGGGGAAGUCACGGCGGGGUUGAGGCCACCAUCGACGGCCCCAGGGCCGAGUGAGACGGCCAAGGGGAAGCGGAAGGAAAGGGUCAAUGGCGCAGCGAAAGCCGCCCCGAUCACGAAUGGCCAUGUAUCGGACGAGGUCACCGCGGGUGGAGUGCGGGUUAAGGCUGCGCGGGACGCGGUCAUCGCGGCUGCAUCCACACGUCCAAAAGAACUGAGCAAAGAGCUCCCGAAGAACGAGUUCGUACGGGAUCUGCUCACCCUUAUUCAUACAGACAAAGCUUUCGUAGACAGGCUCUAUGAGGACUAUCUCCGUCACGCGUAA